UAGUGUUUAAAAGGCGUGGGUGCCAUGCCACGUUGUUAACAAUGACAGCUAGGUGGUUUGGAGCAAGCAAUUUGACGUGAGGAGGAAUAACAGCUUCCAGGAUCAUCGCAACGCAACAGAAAGAUGAACAAAAGGCCAAGAAACACCACCGUCUACAAGCCCCUUCACGAUCUCUCUAAUCGUGAGCUUGGUCGGUUACCCGCCAGGAUUUUUCCCAACCGUCUCGCCGCUAACGAGGAUCUCGUCCUUCGACUUGAUGUAUUCACAAAGCUGGAAAAGCACAGAGGUUGUGUAAACACUGUAUGCUUCAAUGCAGAUGGUGACAUUCUUGUUUCAGGUUCUGAUGACAGGAGGAUUAUUCUCUGGGAUUGGGAAACUUCCCGUAUUAAACUCUCUUUCCAUUCUGGUCAUAGUAACAAUGUUUUCCAAGCAAAGUUCAUGCCUCACUCUGAUGAUCGGAGCAUCGUCACUUGCGCUGCUGAUGGCCAGGUGAGACAUGCUCAAAUUCUUGAAAAUGGACGAAUAGAGACCAAGUUAUUGGCCAAGCAUCAAGGACGGGCUCAUAAGUUGGCUAUUGAGCCCGGCAGCUCUCAUAUAUUUUAUUCCUGCGGUGAAGAUGGAUUAGUACAACAUUUUGAUCUGAGAACUGGGACUGCAACAGAACUUUGUACGUGCAAGCCACUUAAGGAUAGAUGGAAUUACAUGCCAGUCAUCCAUCUUAAUGCAAUUGCAAUUGAUCCAAGGAACCCAAAUCUCUUUGCUGUUGCUGGGUCUGACGAGUAUACGCGACUUUUUGAUAUCCGCAAAUAUAAAUGGGAUGGAUCAACUGAUUUUGGUCAACCGACCGACUACUUUUGCCCUCCGCAUUUGAUUGGCGAUGAGCGAGUAGGAAUAACAGGCCUGGCCUUCUCUGAACAAAGGGAACUUCUUGUGUCCUACAAUGAUGAAUUUAUUUACCUUUUUACACAAGAUAUGGGUUUGGGACUGGACCCUGUUCCUAUGUCCCCUUCAUCAGUGAGCAGUGAUACAAGUGAAGUGGAAGGUAGUCAUGGAUCUGUUCAAUCUCAGUCAAACAUGGAUGCUGAUGAGAAAAUCACCCCUCAAGUUUUUAAAGGACACAGGAAUUGUGAGACAGUCAAGGGUGUUAAUUUCUUUGGUCCUAAUUGUGAGUAUGUGGUGAGUGGGUCAGACUGCGGUCGGAUUUUCAUUUGGAAAAAGAAAGGUGGUCAGCUUGUUCGUGUCAUGGAAGCAGACAAGCAUGUUGUGAACUGUAUUGAGUCUCAUCCUCAUACAACAGUUCUUGCAAGCAGCGGUAUUGAGCAUGACAUCAAGAUAUGGACUCCAAAGGCCCUUGAGAAAGCUACUUUGCCCAAAAAUAUUGAGCAGGUUCUCAUGUAUGAUGACAAUGAAAUGUGCCUUGAUGAUGAUGAGAGUGAUGAUGAUGCCGACGAGGAUGAUGAUAUGUUUAUUUAUGAUGUUGAUGAUAUGUUUGAUGAUGAUGAUGAUAUUGAUGACGAGGAUGAGGAUGGCGAUGACGAUGAAGGUUGUGAUGACGACGAUCUCGAUGAAAAUGACGAUGGUGAUUAUGUCGAUGAUUGUAAUGAUGGUGACAACAAUGGUGUUGGUGAUGAUAAUAAUGAUGACAAUGGCAAUGAUGAUAAUUUUUCUUGUGGUUUGUAAUGAUGCAAAUUGAUAAAAAAUUUGUGUGUCCGACAGAAACCCAAGGCUAGGGGAUGGAUGUACCAGAUAGCUUCUCCAGAAGACCUGAUGUUGCAACUGUUUUCACUUCCGAGGCGGAGGGUUAGGACAGAAAACAGUGUUGAACGUGCUGCUGCAGAUCGUGAACUUUUAGAGUUGAUAUUGACAUUCAAUACUAUUUCCGAUGAUUCUACCGAUGAUGAUGGUGAUGAUGAUGGAGAUGUGAUCAGCCAAGAUGACUUGUUCAGUUGAGUUGAGUUGAGUUGUGCAUGUUGACUCUGGGCCUUCCAGAAGAAUGAUAGAAAUUGUAUAUAACAUAGGAUUAAGAAUAACUGUUGAGUGGAAUCUUGCGUACUGUCUUAACAGUAUAUACAACUUCUCUUAAAUUCUAUGUGGUAAUUUUUUUAUGAUUUUA